UUAUCAAAACCACAAAACAUAUACUUAAAAAAAAAAACUAAUUAGAGAAUGGCACUGGAUGGUGUUUUAACUAGAGAGUUUGACGUUGAGUCUCCGGUGGACAAAUUCUUCAAAGCUUUCCUCGAGAUCUCGAAUCUCCCUGUUGAAGACAACGCGACGGCCGUGGUGACUAUGGACGAUGGGGAUUUGGAGAAGAGAAAGGUUAAGAUAAAAAUAAGCAGCGUUGAUAUCUCGAAGUGCUACAAGAAGCUAGAAGGAAUCAUCACCGUUACUCCUAUGAAUAAAGGUGGUAGCCACGUGAUAUGGACCGUCGAGUACGAGAAGACCCGUCCUGAGAUCGAAGACCCGCACUCCAUCAUCGACACUUCUAUCAAGUACUUUCAGGGAAUCGAUGCAAUUCUUGUUAAGGAGAGGGAUGAGAAAAUUGUUAAGGAGAUGUCCGAGGAACUUUUUAAAUUUAUUCGUAGAUCCAUAAUUAAGUCCAAUAAGGUCCUCAAAUGAUUCAGACACCCCAAGGUAAGACUUAUUUCUGGAUCUACGUAGUUAUAUAUCUAAGCUUACUGCAAUAAUUAUCAUUUAAUUAAUAAUGGAUGUCAUUUACG